UACAAUAACCAACAAUAUAUCACGAAGGCCACGAAAGCUAAUCAAAGAUCGGUCCUUUCACCAUCGUCGCUACCAUCGCAGAUGCGAUUUGAACAACGACAGCCGAGGGAAACGAAUCAGAAGGGAAAGCGUUGCAGCGCGCAUCUUCGGAAGAGCAGAUUUUCUCCGUCGGUAGGAAGAGCCAGAAAUUCGGACGGAAACGUCAAUAUGAAGACCUCCCGGGACAUUCCCUAUGUUUCUGCAAGAAACCCCAGAUAUUCGACUGAAAGCUCCGCGGCCACGAGCUGGACGAUGGAGACGCGCAACGAGAACAAAACGCUCCUGCGAGCCCUUCAAGACAGCCUGAAGGACGCGCAAGACGCGAACGUGGAUUCUCGAGAAGAGACGAAGAAAUGCAACACGUUCGUCUGUUACUGCCAGGAGGAGAACUGCGUGCGAAAAUCAUCGAGAACCAGCUCGUCGCGGACGUCGGGAUCUUCCAGGAGAAAGCUCGGCAGGACGAACCGUCGAAGGCCAACCGAAUACGAAUACGGAAACACCGGACCAGUUCUCGAAGCGAGUGUCCUGCGCCCAGAAUCGCCGAGAUGGUACCAUGAAGCUCGCCAUGAACCGCACGUUCUCGGCCUGAUCAACUCUGUCCCGAUACAACCGCCUCAAGAAAUAAUGCAUCCCGCCUUCUUCGCGCCGUUUCUGCACGGAGUGCCGCUGGUUGCGCCUUCGAUGAUCGGAAAGGAUGACCCCAACGUCGCUUUCCCGAGCGCCUCGUUCGACGGCAGACCCGACUUUGCCGUCGGAAGCAACAAUGUCAACCAGCAUCAACGCGGACUGAUUCUCCGUCAAGGUUCGCAGGAAUGGCCUCAAGAAAAUCGACACCUCGAUACCGUGACCGUGCCGAAUACUUCUUCAGCAUCGAUUGGCAACCUAGCAGCGAUGAUCAACUUGAGCGAAGAAAAUGGCACCACGGACUUCUCCAUUUCGCACGAGACAGUUACCGUGAAUCACCUCGACGCGACGAUCAGUUCCGUGACAGAAAAUGAUGUCCUGUCGAAAGAGACCAUCGAGACCAGCGAAAUAAACGAAGCGGAUAUCUCUCCAGGAUUACGUGCGACGCUCUCGACGGAUCACGUCGUUUCAACGACUGAGGCAGGAGCGAGCGGUAACUUCGAAUCCUACUCUCUAGGAGCAACAAUCGGGGCGGAUUUGGACGAGCAGUUUCCUUCCAGAUUCAUCACGACGCCGGAGAUAAGUGUGAGAACUGGCUCGGAGGAGACGAAGAGCCAUCUCAAUCCGUAUUAUUCCGAAACAACCACAAUGAGCACAAGUCGAUCGGAGUCAUCCACGGAUCUUUUAUGGGGAACUACGUUACCCUGGACGGAUAGGCCAUACUUGAAAGCAGAAAAUAAUUAUGAUCAGACAACGAAGAUCAGAAAUGUUCCGUUAACGAGCACCAAUACACCGCACGAAUACACGAGACGUUCGCCAACAGAACUUUAUCUGUACGUUGCAACCAGUGAGCGAACUGAUAAGCUACGUGACGGCUACAACGUGCAGUGGUAUCCGGACGCGAGCAGAUCACCUGACAGUAAGCAAGUGGCUGACAAAAGUAUUCCGAUGAAGAAACUGGCGGGGCAAACGAUCGACGAGAUCGAAGAGAGUACGAGAGGUGAAUUGUUAGAGAAGAGCAAGAGUCACGCGACGAUGUUGUUGGGCUCAAGUUACGACGGAGAAUCAACUACGGCGAGUUCAGCGGCGAGUGAGAAGUUUUAUUCCACGAUCUCGCACGAGUCUAACGUGGACGAUUACGUAGCGACGAACACAAUCCACGACAAUUCAGAGACGAGUAUUUUUCCGUUCAAUCCGAGAUCCCACGGAGGAAAAACGACAACUUCCUAUUACGAUCUCACGACUGAGCGUAAACUCGAAGAGGCAACCGCGGACGUCCUGAUGGAAUCGAUAACUGAGACCUAUAGUCGAAUAGGGUCUCUUCAAGAUCAACUUACGGAAGCAGAGUACUUGAAUUGUGAAGAGACGAAGAGCGAUGAUAAUAAAGGAGACCUGGAGUACACCACCGAGAGUCUCGUGAAGAUAAGCGACUUGUCGACGAAGAGAUUACCUUUUUACGACAAUUCUCUACUGCUGAACUCCAUCAGGAGAGUCAUCAACAACUUCGCGUUAGAUAGUGACUUGGCGAAGGCGCAAGAUCUCGACGAGGACGCGCUUCGGGCGCAAGGCAAGAGUCUGCUGCCGGAAAUCCUGCAGAUUCCGAACCUGAAGGACAUCCUGUCGUCGUCGCUAAUAAAAGACACGAUUGUAGGGAAGGUGAAAGGCAUCCUGUCUAAAAGUAUAAGCGAGACGAACGGUUGGUCGCACGAUGUGAUCAGGAACGCGCUGCGCGACUUGUUGGAGGGUUUCCACAGUCCUCAUCAUGUAAUGAAGUCUUCUCCGAUAAAAGUCGAGGAGCACCAAUUUAACAACGGGCUAUGGAACACCAAACUGGUGACUUUGCCGCCCGUUCACGAGGAGAAGUCUGGCAAGCCGUCAACAGUGCCGAGACGCUUGUGGGAGAACAUCAGAGACCUCCUGGGAUCUCCAGCGGUUGCCUCGCAAGCGGACCGGCAGAUCGUGCGGAACAUGAUCGUGCAGAGUCUGAAGAAUAGUUUGGCUAAAACAGCGGAGAGAGAAAUUAACAACCUAAUUAAUGACACGGUAAUCCUUGAUACAUUGAACGGCGCGCUGCAAUGGCUCAGAGGAUCACAGGAUAUGAGUGCGAAGGAUGCGUCGAAAGAAAGCGAAGUGAAACCGAAGGUCGAGUCUGCCAAUGACGAAGAGGCCGUGAGCAUUUCGAGAGGGACGUCGACGUGCUACGAGAGCGUAAAAGACGACUAUGAGACGAAAGGGGAACUUGAAGAAUCGGUCACGAGCGAUGUGAAGCAAUUCGAGAAGGACACACCGCUGGAUGGUACCGAGACACGGAGAAUGAGCUACCAGAAAGUUAAGAAACUGAACAACAAUGUCCAAGUAUUAAUCGUUACCGAGCCGUCGGAUUUAAUAGAGCUUGGGAAACCGUACGAAGGAAAAGAUAUAAGCCUGACUCUGCUUCCGGGAGCAACUACUGAGGCUUUCCAAGGAAUAGAGAAUGUCCUGAAUUCAAUGUCGAUGGAACCUGUUGAAGCACAGCAGAACGACGAAGAAGCACGAGACGGUGAAUCGUGGGAGCGUACGACGACUUAUCAGCAAUCUUCUGAAACAUAUAUCUCGCAGGCAACAACUGGACGCACGAACAAAGAUGUUCACACGACGGAAGGAACCGAUCGAGACAGUGUCUUGGACAAAGCGGAGCACGUUGGUGAACAGGAGCCAUCGAGAAUAACGAUUUCAGUGGACAACAUCGAAGUGACAAUAGCUUCCGCGCAAUCAAAUCCACGGACGAAUGAAUUGCCUGAGACGUCGAACGAGGAAAGCAACGUGGUCUCGAGAACCGAAGCAGUCUCUUUGCAGAAUGAGGCAACACCUUUGGUUUCGCGAUACUCGGAGACAAAUACACAGGAGAAGACCACGAGGGAGUUCUCGAGCUCCUGCGGCUUCCUGAAAGAAACCAACGAGAUCUCGUCAACGAAGAAGCCGGAAGGUAAAAAGAAGGAAAUUCUCACUUUCGGAAAAAUAGCGAAGUGGAACAGCGAAGUGACGACUAAUCUCGAUGAAGUGGCCACUGAAAUCACGAAGCAAAAUAGUUUUACCACUGAAUCCUUAAUUGUUGACGAAGCUGAAGCGUUUGAUAAACAACUUGCUGUCGUUGCUCUUGCGCCGAAUUUGAUGUCAUCAUCGGCUGACGACGAAAGACAAAGCAGCACGAUAAAUGUUUACAACGAAAGCUAUUCUGACGUCGGAACGGCACAAGACAACACGAUGAAUCCGAUGAAGGAGUGUUCCCACAAGUACGAUGAAAUGGAUCCAGCGAUGAUGCGCGCAACGAACAUUGACGUGUUGCCGAUCAGUUAUUAUUCGCCGAAUAAUCGAGUUUUGGAUUACGUGAAGAAUCAUCGCGUCGAUAACGAAGAUGAGACCACCCCGGUAAUUGUAAGCUCCAUGCGGAAGUCGUCAUCGGAUUACGCACGGCCAUCGGAGGACGCAACUUUGAACCAAGGCAUGAAGGCUGCUGCGAAUACGAAGCAGGGAAUAAUAUAUGUUUUGAACGAGAACGUAUCUUCACCUAGCGAAGAUACAGCUAGUAACUCGACUUUGUCUGCGAAUGAUGAUGAAAAUCGAAAAAUGGAAGCCACUGUCUUUUCUUCUUCCUCUUCCUCUUCGGAUGUUGAUUCUCUGCAGUCACAACAGCAGAAGUUCCAAACAGGAGAUAUGAUUAAAAUUCACGAGGUCACUACCGAAGUAGAGAAAACUUACGCGAAAACGGUGUACUUCCAACCGCGGCAAUUCGAUCUCGAAGACAACUCGAGAACCAAUUCACUUGCGAUUGCUCUUUCGAGCACUGCAAGUAGCAAUGAUAAUUUCAGCAAAAAUGGGAACAGCAAAGGCACCAACAACGAUCCAAGAGAUAAAAAACUCAAUGACAUUGGUAUCAUUGUCACAGAAGCGAAUAAGAACAUCGAUUCCGCUACCGAAUCAUCUACAAACGAUAUUUCUGACACUCUUCAGCUAUUUCCUACUUUAACUGCUUCCGAAGAAAGUAUCGCACAGCUCCAGAGAUCGCAGCUUUACUAUAUCGACGACGGCAUCAAGCUACCAUUGGAGAUAAAGAAGUUAAAGGAUGGUACCUAUACGUUAUCAGUUUCCAAGAACAUAUGCGAACUGAUCCUGAAGAGAAAGUGCUGUGUACCACUACAAGGACACGUGCUUCAAUCAUCGAGACCAGAUACACACAUGAGUGAUGUCGAAGAAGAUUAUCAAUUGAACACUCAACUUCCAAGUGCCACGAUCACGUUAAGAAACACACUGCAGAAGUUGGAAGAACUAGAAGAAAAAUUAAAUCUUACCAAUGGUCGUAGAAAGCGAGACUUGAUCGAAAGCGAUUCAAAGCCGAUCAUUUCGAUGCCAGUCCUCGAUUUUGUGAAAAAGUACAACUUAUCACUCGACUUCAACGAGGAUGAAGUGCCAAUGAUGGAAUUUAGAUCAAGCGAAAAGAUCCGGAACUCCGGUAACUCAUUAAAGCAAUUAGUUGAGGAAUCUGAAGAGAGUCAGAUGAAAGAAAAGAAUCGUGACGUUUACUCAGGAAAAGAAUUAAUACAAAAUGAAUUACAAAAUAAAAAGGAAAAUAAAGUUGACAAACUUCAAGGUUCGAUGAACAUUCGAGAUGAGGAUAUAUUGGGAGGAAAUGUCGAGAAUUUAAUGAAAGCUAAAUUGCAAAAGUCUAGAGAAAAAGUGAGUCGGUCGAAAAAAGUCAAGACAUCAAGACUGAGUAAAUUAGAAGCUGAAAACGAUAAUCAACGAAGUAUGAAUAUCAAUCAGAUUAUGGAUCCUGACAGUCGAGAGGACAGUUUUAUUUCAAAAGAGACUGACAUUUCCAAAGGAGAAACAAAAUUCAAAAGCAAUGAAAUGAAAUGGGGAGACUUUGAAAUUCUUGUUAAGAGGAAAGGAGAGAUACCUGAAGAAAUAAAGUUGGUUAAACUAAACAAAGAAAAGGAAAAUGAGCAGCACAUGGAUAGUGCUGAGCAGAAUAAAUUUAAUGUUCCAGAGGUUAACAUUUUCAAAAAUAUGAAUGGAAGGCCGUAUAGAUAUCAAAGAAAUAUAAGAAAUAGUCCAAAUAAAGGGACAGAAAUAAUAAAAGAUUUCCUCUAUUGGCUGAAAAGCCUUUUCUUGAACACAAAUUAAUCACAAUAAAUGAACUAAAGAUCCACACUUUCUUUCUUUUUAUAUGUUAAAUAUUUCAUAAUAUUAGAA